GAUUAUUAUUAUGCUUAUUACUAUUAUUACCACCUCUUUUGGAAUGGAAUUCCUGAGAUUUGGGACGAUAAAUGUCUCCCCAAAAUAUCCAGAAAUAGUCACACUCUGUAUGGCAAAUGACAGCUUUUCAGAUACACAAAUGAGGAUUUCCAAGGCUUUCCAAAAGAGGAAUAAAAAAAAAAGCCUGUUUGCAAGCUUGCGGAUGGCUUUGCCCGGCUUGAUCUCUCUUUUUUUUUUUUAAUUCUUGGCAAAUGACAUCUGGGAUUGGUUUGGCCGUCAAAGCUUGCUUUCUGUCCCACAAAGUGCUUUUUCCCUCAAUCCUCUUAACUGUGUUUUUUUUUUCAUUUUUGUUUGUUCUAAACCCAUUAAUAGAGCCAAGCUGGUCCAGCUUGGCAUAUGUUGGGGGCAGAGAGGAAGCUCUGGGUUUUGUCUUCCUGCAUCUAUUGAUGGCGGAGGUUUGCGUCCCAGUAUCUCCCUCCAUUCCCAGUUAAUUUCCCUCUGGCAUUGCAAUGGAGCUCCCUGGAGAAGAGGCGGAGGAGAGUGCUGCCUUUGCAGAAUACCGGCCCCCAUCCUUGGACUCUAUCCGCCUCCCGCGGUACGCCUUAUACUUGGUGAUGGCGGUGCUCAUCGUCUUUGGCGUGGCCUACGCCAUCGUGGGGCAUCUCAUCGACGACCUGGUCCACGACUUUGCCGACUGGGCUUUCGGCCCCAAAGUGGAAGAGAAGAAACCCCCGAAAGAGGACAGAGAACGAGACCGGAAUGAAAUGGGAUCCAUCGAAAUUCCCUUGGAUUGGCAAGGAGAGGAUAUAUUCUUAAUGGCAGAGGAAAGCGGAGAUGGCCACCUUCCUCGCCUCUUGCCCGGAUUUCCCGGGUCCAGAUGGGGAAACUGAAGGGGAACCCCAAUACAGCAAACUCAAUGUGAAGACAAAUACGUUAUUGCUUGGAGGCACCCUCUCUUUAGGUGGUGUUCACUAGCACUUGGUUGUUUGUUGUCUGGAGUUCCUCUGUUUCUGAGUGGUGUUCCUUUUUUACUAUCUUGAGUCUCAGAAACAGGGGAACUCCAAAACCAAGUGCCAGUGAACACCACCCAAACGGAGGGUGCCUCCAAGCAACAAUUGGUAGGCUACCUCUAUGCAGUACCAUAUUUUACUGUUUUGUUAUUGUGUUUUGGUUUUACUUUAUUGUAAUAUGCUGUUGGGCUUGGCCUCAUGUAAGCCGCCCCGAGUCCCCAUUGGGGAGAUGGUGGCAGG